AUGAGUGAUGCUGCCGGGGGCGGCGGAGGAGGAGGAGGAGGAGAAGCGCAGAACCACCGCGGCUCCUUCGCCGGCGGCUGCGGGAGCAGCGGCUCUUCCUCGCCCGGGCGGCGGCGGGGCGCGGCGGUGGGCGGCGGGCCGGGGGCGGCCGGGGGGCCCGGGGCCGGCGGGGACAGCAGCAUGCCGGCGGGCGAGGGGGACAAGGAGGAGGCGGCGCCGCCUCCUCGCCCUGCCGCCCUGCUGCGGUGGGACGAGGUGCCCGAGGACUUCGUGGAGUGCUUCAUCCUCUCGGGCUACCGGCGGCUGCACUGCUCGGCGCAGGAGUGCCUGGCCUCGGUGCUGCAGCCCACCAACGAGACCCUCAACUUCUGGACCCACUUCAUCCCGCUGCUGCUCUUCCUCAGCCGCUUCGGGCGGCUGCUGCUGCUGCGGGGCGCCGGGGACGUGCCCUUCCACCACCCGGCCCUGCUGCCCCUCUGGUGCUAUGCCUCGGGGGUGCUGCUCACCUUCGCCAUGAGCUGCACGGCCCACCUCUUCAGCUGCCUCUCCCCGCGCCUCCGCGCUGCCUUCUUCUACCUGGACUACGCCUCCAUCAGCUACUAUGGCUUUGCUAGCACCGUGGCCUACUCCUACUACCUGCUGCCAGGGCUGAGCCUGCUGGACGCGAGCGCCAUGAGCCGCUACGUGCAGCAGCGGCUGGGCUGGCAGCUGGACUGCAGCCUGCCCAUCGCGGCCUACCGCGCCCUGGUGCUGCCCGUGGCCCUGGCGCUGGCCGUGGGCUGCACGGCCGCCUGCUGCCGCAGCCGUGCUGCCUGCUGCGCCUACCCCUUCGCCGUGCGCACCUUCGUCUUUGCCAUGCCGCUCAGCAUGGCCUGCCCCAUCAUGCUGGAGAGCCUCCUCUUUGACCUCCACACCCGCAACCCCACGCUCUUCGUCUACUUCUACCGGCGCUACUGCUGGCUGCUGGUGGCCGCUUUCUUCAACGUCAGCAAAAUCCCCGAGCGGAUCCAGCCGGGGCUCUUUGACAUUGUGGGGCACAGCCACCAGCUCUUCCACAUCUUCACCUUCCUCAGCAUCUACGACCAGAUGCACUACGUGGAGGAUGGGCUGGCUGAGUUCCUCAAGGCGCCCCUGGCCGCCCCGACCUACCUGGGCACCGUGGGGUAUAUGCUGCUCCUGACGCUCUGCCUGGCCAUGGUUGUCAGGAGGUUCCUCAACGUCGCAGACCUCUGCAAGAAGGACUAGCUGGGCUGGUGACCCUCAGGACAGCAACCUCCAUACCAGAGCUCCUUGGGCUGGAGACCCUCGGGCUGUUGACCUUCAGACUGGUGACCCUCAAACUGGCCCCAUCGUGUCCUGAAGAUGCUGUGAAACCUGGGGGAAACACACCUGUGGAAGAGCCAGGUCCCUUUCACGGAGGCUUGCCAGAGAAAAUGACCAUGGCGGAACUGCUCGUGCUCUUUAAACUACUAGGUUACCAGGGGAAGAAAGUAAACGCUUACUGGUAUGUUGCUGCUUAGAGUAUAAGCUGAAAUAAUUUAGCUCUGCUACUAGGAAGAAUGCAUGAACUGUGAAUGCCACUUACUAAUUUCAUAAUAAUUAGGUUUAAACUAGCUCUGUAUAUAGAUAUAUAUUUAUAUAUCUAGCUAUCUAUUUAUUAGCUACAUAUAUAUGUGUAUAUAUAUAUAUACACCUGAAGACACUUGUGCAAUGAUUACUCAUAGACUUUUAAUCAACUCCUGUGUGAAAUUUCCUAGCAGAUUAUGCACUGACAUUAAUCUUCCUCUGUGAUACUGUAACAGGCCUUUGCAGCCACAUACUGGAUUUUAAAUACAAACAAAUCAAUAGCUAGCUAUAGUUUUUAAGGUCUUGAUGCCUUUUCAGCCAGGGAACAAUAGAUUUAACAGAGAGAGGAAACACAGCUGUGAAUUAUUACAGAAUUACCAGUUGAUGGAGAGACUUUAAUUAGACAGGCAGUGAGUGGUUGGUGUAGCCACUUGGAUACUAAAAUAAAAGAGAGGGAUAUGUAAAAUAACUGAACCAGAAGGGGGUCAAUCUAGUUUGGAGGGGGGUUGGGGGAGGAGAAGGGCACUGCAUAAUGGCAUGGCUCUUCCCCAGCAUGUCAGGAACAUCUGUUGUGUUAAAGGGGUUGCUAAGGGGCCCCUUUAUCUUCCCUGGUAAAUCACCCCCAAAUCAGCCCUUUUAGAGUCAAAGUCAGAUGCCAGACUCUCUAUAAGCCCCUGCCAACCUCGGUGGGAAUUCUGUGGAUGUAAAGAGAGUAACUGAUGCAUGAGAUCUCAUUCUGGAUCUUUUAAACGAUUACAUGGAACUGGUUUCUUCUGCUUUUCAAUUAGAGCACUCUGUCAGAUUUACCAUCCUAAAAUUAGUUGAAGAAUAAGGUACUGCUGAAUCUGAGUUCAGGACCUAAAAUCUGGCUGUACAAGUACUGGAUACCGGCACUUUCUCAUCAUUCCCUACUUUUUGCUAUUUUGAUUAGUUGUGGCUGCAGCUGGGUGUUUUAAAGUCCUAUUUCAGAAGCCUUGGGGGAGGUUCAAAGACAGGAAUUAUGAGGUAUUGUCCAAAGCAGUAUCUUUUCAACAGCAACCCGGGUAUUUUCCUUGUCACACGGCAAAACAGCUAACUAUAGAUGGAACUUACUUUCUAUAUAAAGAAACGUUUUUGUAAACCAUGUGCAGAUCUUAAACAGAUGCAUUUUGAUUUUUUCUGACAGAACAAGUAACAAAUAUGCAGAAGUAUUAUACAAGGGGGUUACAACUUGAAGUUCAGGUGAAAAACUGCUUGUAUACCCCAUUUUCAAAAAGAAGGGUGGAAAUGCUGGUGUCAUACUGCACAGUAGUGUAGUGGCUCUUUAACUCAGCCUCUUAGCCCCUGUUGUGGAAAUACAUUUCUGCUUGGGUCUUUCCCAUUUUCAUGGACGUGGCAUUCUAAUCCCAAGAAAAUGUUUUGAGUCCAGUCCCACAGUCUGUAACACAAAGCCCCCUUUGUGUAUGACAGGACUAUAGGAAGGACUAUAACUAGAGAUUAUGAGGUCAAAUCCUAAAUAUGGGUCAGAAUCAUAACAGAAACCAAUAAUUCAUAUGUCCUGUACCAAUGUCAGCUUUGUGAAAAUUUCCCUAUGACACUACAUAAGCUAAAAGAAAAUUACAACCACUUCAUUUUGUCUUUUAUCUUGACUCAUUUUAACUACAAUGGUUUGGAUCUUUUAGAUUCUCAGUGUAUGAUGAGAAUGGCCUAACCAAAAAUAUGUAUUCUUUGCCAGCCACAAUUGUGCUAGUAUAUAAUUUGUGGUAGGGUCACAUGUGGUCUCUUCAAGAGAUUGGCUAGAAUUUUCUGAAACAGCAGUUUCCAAACUGUGGCCUCCUGAUUUAUCAGUGAUGGGCCAUAAAAAACAGCAUGGCCCUGUGUGGCUGGUUGUGUUCUGUUUUCAUUUGCCAACCUGCAUUAAAAGAAAAUGAAAACUACAUUAAGUAUUUCUAAUUUUACAUAUUUUCAUUAACUUUUGUCAUAAAUAUGGCAUUGCUUUAUUCAGCUGCCAAUAAAGCAGAAAAUUAUCUGCACCACUGAGAGAGGAGGCUGGUUCACAACAGUUAUGCUUUGAAAUGUGUUUUACAUUGCAAAAAACCCCUAGAAACUCAAGAUGGAAAGCAAAUGGAUCAAAAUCUGUAACAAUGUCAUCCUAUGAAUUUCAACAACUGCAAAAAAGAGUCCAAAAUAUUUGACAUGUGCUAUAUUCAAGGUAAAAUAAUAGAGGCAUAGUAGGUAGAGCCCAGUGACUUGUCCAAGUUUCAAAACCAAUUAUGUAAAAAGGGUUUGCCUGGGAGAUGACACUAGCAUGUCCAACUGUCCUGAUUUUGGCACCAACCAGCAUGACACCACAACCACGACACCAACCAGCAAUUAUAAACUAAGAAAUCAAAAAGGCUGGGGACAGCAAAUCUCAGCACUAGGAGAUGGGCUCAGAAACAAGCAACAGUAAAAGCCAAAUGUAAAAAAAGACUUUUAAAACAUACUAUAUAAUGAAUUAUAUUUGUGGUUGUCAGUCACAAUGUAGAGGACAUCUCAAGAGGCAAUGUCAAAAAAGGCUGUUGCUAACUUGUAAAAAUACAUUUGAUAUUUGCAGUUAGGCCACACAGGGUCGUCUAUAUAUAUCUCAACGACAGAUAACAGUAUAAAGGUUGGACUGCAACCAACUGCAAUUUUACUAGAAUCUUACUGCUGUUAUAAGAAUUGCCUGUGAGCCCUAGUCACACUGCAAGUUUGGUACCUGGCUCUGAUAUUAAGAAUAUGGCUUCAUUUAAAAGUUUCUGCUGGCAAAAUGUUGAGGCAUGUGUAGGGGCCUGAGCACUUUGUGGAAUUACUUGUAAAUGCUGGUUGCAAGUACUGCUCUCUGAGCCACUGUAAGCAGACUGUAUGAAUCAGGAGUGAAUGGGUACAGGGAGAUGUGAUUAGAUUUUAAGAGUUCUAAUUAACGUAUGUUUGUUUGUUUGUUUGUCUGUUUAAAAUGUGGCUACAAAUUAAAUAGUUACAGUAAGUGUGGAGAAUAUCUAGGGAAACGCUACCUGAGUGUCAUUUAUUCAGUGAAGGACAUGUAUGUAGAUAAUUGCUCCAUUUGCAUGUGCAAUAGCUGGUCUUCGUAAAUAUGGACAGGACAAAACUGAGUUGAACAGGUUAAAAGUGGAACAAGAGAUCUAUAAUUGUAGUGCUUGAAUUUGCUCGUGUAGAAGUGAACAUCCAUAAGUAUGUCCAGAUCUUAGACAGGAUUUCUAACCUGCAGACUAGAUGUAUAAGGACAUCCUAGAAAACAAAAUUUUUUGCGUAAGUACCUGUCAUAAUGAUUUUAUUGCCUGAGUACCUGCCAUAAGGUCUACAGUGUGGACUCCACAGCUCAUCUUUAAAACCAAAAAGACUUUUCAGGCCUUUUGUCGUAGAACCUGUGUGGGGAUGCGGGACAAGGUGAGGGCUGGAGCAGAAGGGGGUGGCCUGAAAAUGCCUGUGUGUCCUUCCAUCUUUGGCCGACGCUGACCUUCAGGCUGACACACCUGUGCCAAUGUGAACUGACUGUUGAUGGGGCCAGUUCCUAGAGUGCUGGGACUCCCCCCCCCUUGCAAUCAGCAUGUGCCUAGAACUGCAGUCUACACACUGGCAUAUAUUCAAUAAGCUUAGCUUCUGGGCAGUUCCGAGUAACCUGUAAACUUCAAGUUCAUCUUUGUGUAAGAUUGAGAUACCUGGUCUGUAGUAAUUAUCCCGUAUUCUGUCGUGAUACGCUAUUUCUUCUGCAGUGUAUUCAUUUGAAUGUCACUAUCCAGGAUAUCUAUGCAGCUUUGAGCUGUUUCAUUAGCAAGACUGGAGUCUGCAGUCUGGAAACAAAGGGAAAGGUUUCAUCUGCGUGCUGCACUUGUAGAAACUUAGCAGUUAAAAGUAGAAACACAUUGUUUUUUUGCUAAAAUGAUAGUUUUGUUUAGUUGUCCAAGUGUUGUACUUAUUAUUUAUUAGCUGAAUCCAGCUACUAUGUUGAGUUUUUGUCAACAGUGCAACUGCAGAAAAUAACAGUAUGGACAUUUUACUUAAGUAAACUCUCUGAGGCAGCACAUUCAUAAAGUAUUAUUGCACUUAACUCAGUUGAUUACAAUCCACAUGCCUUACAGAAGCAAAUCAUACCUGUCGUAAUUGCCCAGAUUAUACUGUUUUUCAUUGCCUAUGAGAGUAAAAAUGACCAAGUGGCCGGUAACAAUCUGAGGAGUUGGGCGCUCCUGGAUUCUUGUCCCUGCUUUGCCACUACCUGUUCUGUAAUCUAGGGCAAGUUGGUCAUACUGUUUAUUUUGGAUGAAUUUAAUUCAUGUAAAACACUGGAAUUGUACCAGGGUUGAAUUUGACCCUCUGUGUCUCAGCUUCCACAUCUGUAAGAUGGGGAGAAUAUACCUUACCUACCUCACAGGGUUGCUCUGAAGACUAGCUAAUGUUUGUAAAGCACUUAAAAAUGCAAAGACCCUCCUAGGUGCUAAGAAGAACUACUACUGAACUCUGGCAGAGAGAAUGUUCUAUUUUUCCAUAGCUCCUCAUCUCACAGGGAGAGAAACAUGAACGUUUAUAGAUCAUGAACUAUUGGGACAAACCCGCCCCAUUGCCAUGCUCCUGGGAGGUUCACAUCCUGUGUCCUUUGGAGCUGAUGGCAAAUUUUCCACUGGCCUCAGGCAGGGGGCAAUCAAGACCUAAGUGGUAGUAAACAGGCUGACUAAAUGCUUAAGGGUCAGGAGUAAAGAGAAAACAUACAUGAGUUAAGUACUCUCCAGAAAUUCUCACUGGUGACUUGUAGCGAGGGGCAUUGUAGUGCUGACAUGAGGCCUUGUUGUUCAUUUAGCCAUGGAUUGUAUUCCAGUUACCAUGAAACAAUGGAGCAAGAUUUCCCAUCAGUGAGAUGUGUAGGACUAUGAUUAUGUCUCAGUUGCCAUUGGGAAUUUCAACCUACUUCAAGGUUUAUUUCUUAUCAGAGUAAAAAGGCCUUAAAUAAAUGAAGCUUUUAAAUAAACAUGUGUAAUCAUUUGGGAACAUAAAAUUAUAUUGAUCAGACAAACAACUUUCUCUUUUCCCCUCCCAUUCCCCAAAACCAACCACAUGGAGCCAAUCCUAUUCUUGAGCGAAAACUGAACUUGGAUCUUCUUAUCACAUAUGUGUACUCUUCCUUUGCCGUGGAGCCCUGACUAAUGAUCCUGCUAAUCCACUCUGCCCUUCUCCUGGAAGGACUGAUAUGAACAGCACCACUGAGUAGAGCACAAUGUUUUUAAGAGCUUUUCUAACUGGCAGCAAUAGUGGAUACAAAAAAAAAGACAACAAAGACAUCGAAGGGUUUGAGUGGUUCAUCAAGUCAAAGCCCUCACCAUCAGAAAUCUGCCCUGAGUAUAUUCCUAGCUUCUGUUAGACACCUGUAAGCCAGGGCUACACAACCAACACCCGAGUAACAGCUGAGACUUUACCUCCUUCUCCUCAAAUGAGAUGCAAGAUGCUGAGGAAGUGUCACAUGCACUGAAAGACACAGACCUCCAUUCAAGAAGUUUAAUGUCUUGGAGCUGGGUGUGAAAUAAAUUAUUUUCACAACUUGCUUAGACAGAUGCUGCUUCAUUCCACUGAAUUCAGUAAUAAAUUAAUGACCAAGACAAAGGAAGCAAGCUUUUGCUCCAAGUUCCCUGUAAGGAAAUACCACGAGCAGACUUCUGCUUUCAGGGCAAUUGCUUCCUGGGCCAUACUCAGAACAUGGAGGAUUCUGAAGUAAGGCUUUGCUAUUUCAUGUGAACGCCUCAGGAUUUGUGGUUGUAGCUGGGGUUAAUAGUAUGGAGAAACAGUUUAUAGCAAGACAAUUCUGUCUGCUAGAGAUUAAAGCACGCUUUAGUAAGAGGUAUCGCAUUUAAGGGUCUGUGCAUGCAAUGAACAAAAAGUGUGAAUUUUGUUUGGUUCUGUUGGGAGGGUUUGAAAAUUUAAUCUUUGUACACUUUUGGAUGCUGACUACUGUAUAUGUAAUGACUAUGCAUUUUUAGCAAAAAAAGGUGUGAGCUAUAAAUAAAGUUGAUUCUGAGUACAUUUUUGCAGAAAUGCA